AUGGCGAUAAGCUAUUGUUGGGCAGCAGCAGCAAUAGUACCAUGUGGCGGUGCCGAAGAUGUACUUCACACACAGCGUUACAAUGGAUGUGGGAGGCGCGACUGUGGGAGUCUCAACGGCUUCCACACUGCGGUGCAGAAGGGAAACGGAAGUCCCACUACACUAUAUUUCCAUAUAUUCAACAUGGCUAAAAUAGAUAUAAACGCGGCCCUCAGUCCGGGGCACCCCUUAAGUGGGGAGAGGGUGCGAAGAAUCCCCCCGUCCUUAGAAACUAGCAAAAUGCAAAUACAUAGAAAUAAAAUAAAAUUUGCUACAUGGAACGUACGUAGCCUAUACAUGGCAGGAAAACUCGCCAAUCUAGAUGCAGAAAUGCAUAGACUCCAGAUCAAGAUCUUGGGGCUAAGCGAGGUGCGAUGGCCAGGUACUGGGACUCACAGGACUAAAAAUGGUGUCCUCUACUACUCUGGUGGCGACGAUCCUAAACACCAGUAUGGCGUAGCUGUGUUCAUCUCCUCUGAACUGGAGAAAUCCGUAAUCGAUUUUAUUCCACUCGGGGAACGAGUGAUGCUUCUGAGACUGCUCACUACUCAUAGAGUUAUGAAUGUGAUUCAAGCGUAUGCUCCAACAGGGGACAAGUCUGAUGAGGUGGUUGAGGAUUUCUACUCUACUUUAGAAGAAGCCAUGAAAAUAACAAAACAAGGGGAGUUAACAAUUGUUCUUGGCGACUUCAAUGCCAAAAUCGGGAAGGGUGCUGAUGGCGAGGUUUGCGGUGACCAAGGCCUUGGAACACGCAAUACUAGAGGUGACCGCCUGGUACAAUUCUGUACAGAACACCGUCUCUCUGCUGCCAACACUUUUUUCAAACAGCAUCCUCGACGUCUGUAUACGUGGAAUUCCCCAGUCGAUCGUGAUGGCCAUAUAGUGAGAAAUCAAAUAGAUUUCGUCCUCAUCAAGAGUCAUCUAAUGAAGUUUGUUAAAUCAGCAACAACAUACCCUGGUGCAGACGUAAACAGUGACCAUAACCCCGUGGUGAUAAAUCUACAGCUUCGUUACUUCACUAGAGUCCAACGUCCAAAACAACCUAAGCGAAUCGAUGUCAAAAAACUCGUUGAUCCCGAUAUACGAGCUAAAGCAACCGAGAGUCUCGAAGCGCGUUUACAAACAAUAAACAAUUAUAAUGACGAAGACGUGGAGCCUCGGUGGACUGUUCUAAAAAAGGCUCUUUUAGACACCCAGGAGAUCGACAUCGGGUAUGUACAAGCCUCUAAAAAACAACAGUGGAUGACGGACAAGAUCCUUAAACUCAUGGAUGAGAGAAGAAAAUACAAAACCACAGACAUUAACCGAUACAGGGAGCUGAAUAGGGCGGUCAGAUCGGAAUGCCGGAAAGCAAAGGAGGGUUGGCUAGCUGAAAAGUGCAGUGAAAUGGAGGCACUACAAAAUAAGCACGACUCGUUUAAUCUCCACAAAAAGAUCAAGGAAUUCACAAACACACAACGCAAACAGAUCCGCGGUAUUCUGAAGGACACUAACAACAAGAUUUUAGUGAACGUUGAGGAAAAGAUAAAAAGAUGGAAGGAAUAUGUUGAGACUCUCUUCAAUGACGCACGACCCUAUCAACCACCUCUAGACCAUGAUCUCAACGAACCCAGUCCUGUUAUCACGAUAGAGGAAGUGAGACGUGCUAUAAAAAUUCAAAAAAAUGACAAGGCUGUGGGACCAGACCAGAUUUACGCGGAAACCUUGAAAUUGAUCGUCGAUGCAGAUGAUACAGGCCUGAAACUUCUUACAUCUUUAUUCAACUCAAUAUACGAAGCUUGCUAA